GAAGCAGGAAAGCUGCCAUGGCGAGCUCAGCCGCCUCGUCGGUGCGACCGCCCAGGCCCAAGAAAGAGCCGCAGGCGCUCGUCAUUCCCAAGAAUGCGGCGGAGGAGCAGAAGCUCAAGCUGGAACGGCUCAUGAAGAACCCGGACAAAUCAGUUCCAAUUCCAGAAAAAAUGAGUGAAUGGGCACCUCGACCGCCACCAGAAUUUGUCCGAGAUGUUAUGGGUUCGAGUGCUGGGGCCGGCAGUGGAGAGUUCCACGUGUACAGGCACCUGCGCCGUAGAGAAUACCAGCGACAAGACUACAUGGAUGCCAUGGCUGAGAAGCAAAAAUUGGAUGCAGAGUUUCAGAAGAGACUAGAAAGGAACAGAAUUGCUGCAGAGGAGCAGACUGCAAAGCGUCGGAAGAAGCGUCAGAAGUUAAAAGAGAAGAAAUUAUUGACAAAGAAGAUGAAACUUGAACAGAAGAAACAAAAAGAAGGAUCCAGUCUAUCCCAGGAGCAGCAGUCCAGUAGCUCUGAGGAGGCGUCUGGAACAGAGGAGGAGGAAGAGGAUGAGCCCAGCUUCAUCAUGAGGCGAUGACGAUGUUUGCCACAGCAGCUGUCUAGAACUUGUGACCAGGGCCUCAGAAACCCUCCACACGACCAGAAGGGAAAGGAGGCUCUGUUUGGACUUAGCUCCCCUCUCCCUCAGGACUGGCUAGAUGGAGAGCCUGUGCGCACAUCCCUCCCCUCAGCAGGACUCGGCCCGUGGGACAGAGAGGGCUGUCUGCUGCACAUUCCAGGACGCUGCACAUUCCAGGACACUGCACGCGGGCUCAUCCUUGUUCCUGCUAAAGGGGAAAAUGUAUAGCUUCCUGCCACUGGUGUGUGUUUUCACAUGUUUGAACAGUGAUAAGUUUGGGGCUGGUUUCUAUGAAAGGAACUUUGACUCGGUAAAGAACAGAAAACCUUUAGGUUUUGUUUGGACAUGUGAAACAUUAAUUACAAAAGCUGCAGGGAAUGCUGAAAAAUGACAUAGUAGAGGUGGGGCCUCAAGAGUUCCUGUUAAAUGGACCAGACUUGAGGAAGGAAGUGGGCUUGGCUCUCAGUUAACCCCAUUGCAGGGUGCCUGGCCCCCAUCUCCUUCAGUGGAGGGAGCAUCGCCCCCCUGCCCCCAAGAGCUCCUGGACACAGGUGUGGAUGGGGAAGGCCCAGAGUGUGUACAGGGACACGCAGGUGGCCAGGGCAGAACCGUUGGGCUGAGCCCUAGGAAAGGAGACUUGACAUGUGAAAUGGCCCUUUUGGAGAACAGCUGGAGACUAGAAAAAUAAGCAGGGGAGAGAAUCCAGGUUGGGCCGAACCAUAGUAGGGGACAUGGGGAAUGUUAGCCAAACUGGGUAGGGGUGGGGGAUGAAUUGGCCAGAAGCUGCUUUUUCAUCCUGAAGUCAAGGGAAUCUAAGCAGAAAAGGGACCAAAAGAGACUUGACCUGGACCUGUGGGUGGAACUGUUGAAACUAAAGCCCUUCAGAUCUUUCCCUCUUCAGGCCUUCAACUUGGGUCACAUAGGCCAGGGUCAGAAGGGAGUGCCCACAGAGACCAGGAGGCUUGGUGAGAGAGGCCAGGACUCCCGCUGUAUGUACCUGGAUGAGUGCAGCCCCAAGCCAGUUCCCACAUACUGGCCCAGAGUGGAACGGGUGCCUCUAGAGUGCAGGGUGCUGCGCUGUAGGUAUAUGGGAGGUGACUGAGGUCAGCCUUUGACGUUGAGCACCUUCAGGCCAAUGCUAGGGACAAAGACAUUUUCUGAUUAGAGCCUUUGCUUGCUUUUUUGAUUAUUUAUCUCCAGCCCCAAGUUCCUAAGUGUAUUUUGUGCCUUUUAUGGCAUUUGAUAGUGUUAAGGAAAUGUCGGUUUUGAGUGAAGGGAAACCAAGACACAAUUUACUUUUCUUUCACUUCUAUAGUAUAGAUUUCCCCAGCCCCACCCUGAGCCAUGCUACUUCUAUGAUCACAAUUGUCCAUUCAGUGGUUCAGGUCACAGGAAUUUUUCUUUUCCAGAAAGCUGAGAUGGAGAAGCAGCCCUAAUAAAUUAGCACACAUCCUGGCCGGACAUUUUGAAACCCGCGUUUCUCUUGUCUUGUCAGGGACUGGCUGGUUGGUUUUGUGUUUUGUUUCUACUUCUGCUAUCUUUGAGCUGUUGGUUUCCUUAUCAUCCCCCAAAGUAUAUGUCACAGCUCUUGCUUAGAAUCUGCAGCCUGACUUUCCUGGGUGUUCUCUUCAGUGCCCGAGGCUCCUGAGGCUGCCCAAAGGCCUGGUUUUGACUCCUGACCCUGCCUCUGAUGAAUCAGGGGACUCUGGGCAAGUCACUUUCUGCCUCUGCCCAGUUUACCUGCCCCAUUAUUUGCAUCUGAAUAUUCUUUGUUCUUCAGUUAAGUUUCCCAUGUGGAUUUACCAGACAAGAUUGAAAAAUGCAGAAAGGGACAGAAACUUGCCCAGGGCACCCAACAAGUAAGUGGUAGAGCUGGAAUGUGAACCCAGGCAAUGACUCCAGAAUCAUGCUUCCCAGCCCCUCUACACACUGCUGGGCUGCUUUGCCAAGGAACACUAUUGGGUCAGUCUUAGAUGCUGCUGUUUUGGUGCCAGGGCUAUGGGCUGCAGGCCCUCCCUUAAGGAGCACCCUGGCGCAUUUGUGUGUGUGUGUGUGUGCACGCAUGUAAUACAAUAUAAUUUGUUGUUAGUUGCCAUCAAGUUGGCUCUAACUCCUGAAGGCCUUAUG